AGCCAAACAACCCUUAACAUAGAUCUGACAUCGCCAACGGAGAUUCGAAUCGGGGAGUUAAACAUAAUAAGGAUAAAAUAAAAUGGUUAAUAAUUAGGACUCUCUCUUCUCGCCUCCCAUCGGUUCGUUCAGGGUCGCGGUUUUUUUUUUUUCUCGUCGCUAAUCCUAUCAGAUGCGCUCAGAUUUCCUGUGGUUUGCUACUUUAAGGGUUUGCUGAUUCUUGGUUCCAAUAGAACAAAUCAAGCCAUAGGAGUUUAGUUUGAAAAGAGAAAUCAUUUCCUUGAUUAUCUCGUGGAGUGGAGGUGGAGGAGAGAGUUUUACGUGGGAAUACAGGUAUGGAAAUUGUUGAUGAGAGAAUAUCAUGGUGCAGUGCUUAGAGGGUUUCAAGCACUUUUUUUCUGCGCUAUUGAAGUGUUGUGAUCUUGAUCUGCAAAAGCAGACCAAGGGCCUAGAAGAUCCUGAGGUUCUAGCAAGAGAGACAGUGUUCAGCGUAAGUGAAAUAGAAGCACUUUAUGAGCUCUUUAAAAAGAUUAGUAGUGCUGUUAUUGAUGAUGGAUUGAUCAACAAGGAAGAGUUUCAACUAGCACUCUUCAAAACGAUCAAAAAAGAGAGUUUGUUUGCUGAUCGGGUAUUCGACUUGUUUGAUACAAAACAUAAUGGGAUUCUAGGAUUCGAAGAAUUUGCUCGUGCUCUCUCUGUUUUUCAUCCAAAUGCUCCGAUUGAUGAUAAGAUUCAAUUUUCUUUUCAGUUGUAUGAUCUCAAGCAACAAGGUUUCAUAGAGAGACAAGAGGUUAAGCAAAUGGUAGUGGCUACCCUUUCUGAGUCGGGCAUGAACCUCUCUGAUGAAGUUAUAGAAAGCAUAAUUGACAAGACAUUUGAGGAAGCUGAUACAAAACAUGAUGGCAAGAUUGACAAGGAGGAGUGGCACAGUCUAGUGUUGCGGCAUCCUUCUUUAUUAAAGAACAUGACCCUUCAAUAUCUCAAGGAUAUCACUACAACAUUCCCAAGCUUUGUUUUCCACUCCCAAGUUGAUGAUACAUGAUGAUGGAAUGCCAAUGGAGAUUCCAACCAUAAGCCAUUCAUCUUUGAUUGUGUUCUGUAACGUGUUUGGAUAAAACGAGCUUAUAAUGCAUUGGACAUGGAUAUGUAUGAAGCUAGGGAUAUUGAUAAUCUGGAGAAAAUAUGCCUAAGUUGGGUAUUUGUGGGAUUCUCAUCAUGUGGCUUUUUGGAAAAAAAUUGUUACAUUUUGCAAUUCUUUUAUUUUGAU